CAGAGCCUCUGCCCAGGACCAACCUCAAGAGCUUACUCUCUCCUCAGCGCAUACAGAGGCAUGUACUCCCGCAAAACAGAGAGGCCGCGGCGAGUAAAGUCUUUUGACUCCAUGAACAUAAAUGUCGAUGAAAACCAGAUAAAUAACGAGUUAAUUAAGUCAAAUUAUAUGAAGAUUGAAGACAAUAAGGAGAACAAUGAAUGCGUUGCGGAGAGGGGACGCGCGUCCGUCAUUGUGUCUCUGAAAAAUGAAGUUGAUGGACUCGUGAAAGUGCUGAAAGUUUUCCAGGAAAAACAUGUAAAUCUCACUCACAUCGAAUCUCGAAAAUCAAAGAGAAGAAACUCGGAGUUUGAAAUAUUCCUGGACUGCGACAGCAACAGGGAACAGCUCAACGAAAUCUUCCAGUUGCUCCGGCCGCAUGUAAACCUGAUCACAAUGAACCCGCCGGAAAAUUCCUGCGUAGAGGAAAACGAUAUGGAAAGUGUCCCUUGGUUCCCCAAAAAAAUCUCUGAUCUGGACCGAUGCGCAAACAGGGUCCUUAUGUACGGUUCCGACCUGGACGCCGAUCACCCUGGUUUCAAGGAUAACGUGUAUCGCAAAAGGCGGAAAUAUUUUGCAGAUGUUGCAAUGAACUAUAAAUAUGGGGAUCCCAUUCCUCGCAUAGAAUUUACAGAAGAGGAGAUAAAAACGUGGGGCAAAGUCUUCAGAGAACUCAACAAGUUAUACCCCACACACGCCUGCCGGGAGCACCUCAAGAACCUGCCGCUGCUGAGCAAACACUGCGGCUACCGGGAGGACAACAUCCCCCAACUGGAGGACGUCUCCCGCUUUCUCAAAGAACACUCCGGAUUUACAAUCCGCCCUGUUGCCGGGUACUUGUCUCCCAGAGAUUUCUUGGCCGGUUUAGCGUUUCGGGUCUUCCACUGCACCCAGUAUGUCAGACACAGCUCGGACCCCUUGUACACCCCAGAACCGGACACCUGCCACGAGCUUCUCGGACACGUUCCUCUUCUGGCUGAACCCAGUUUUGCCCAGUUCUCCCAUGAAAUUGGUCUGGCGUCCCUAGGGGCAUCUGAUGAAGCUGUCCAGAAACUGGCUACGUGCUACUUUUUCACAGUGGAGUUUGGUCUGUGCAAACAAGACGGGAAACUGAAGGUGUAUGGAGCCGGCCUUCUGUCCUCCAUUAGUGAGCUCAAACAUUCUCUAUCCGGUCAAGCCAAAGUAAAGCCUUUUGACCCCAUGGUGACGUGCAAUCAGGAAUGUUUAAUAACCACCUUCCAGGAAGUCUACUUCGUCUCUGAGAGUUUUGAAGAAGCCAAAGAAAAAAUGAGGGAAUUUGCAAAGACCAUUAAACGCCCCUUUGGACUGAAGUACAACCCGUACACCCAAAGUGUGCACAUCCUGAAAGACACCAAGAGCAUCACCAGCGUGGUGAGUGACCUGCGCUACGAACUAGACAUCGUCAGCGAUGCCCUGAACAAGAUGAACAAGCAGCUCGGCGUUUGACGAGGCUGGAGGUCCAACGUUUCACCGUCUCGCCCACCGAUUAUUUAUUACGUUUAGAUUUGCUUUGUAAAUCGUUUCAGGAUAUUGUUUAUGGGUAAAAUUCUAUCCUGGCACUUGAAUGUUACAGGCCAAGCAGAGAUUUAUUUUUGUAAAUGUACGGCUUGUAGCUGAGCUGCAAUCUAUAACGCGUCUCUUCUGCCCAGAUAACAACGUUGCGGGUUGAUUGUGUGUUCAACGUUUCGGCAGGAGGUAACACUGUUGCAUGCUCCAGUGAUAAUACUUUAUGUGACUCCUUCCACAAGGUGGAGGCUUUACUCACGGCAACUCCAGAGCUUGUAAAGAAAGUUCUGUUACUGACGCAAGACUUUAUGUUCCGCGCUUCAUAUUAUUCCCCGUACACCUUUAUGGAGGUAGAUUCCCACAUUGUUUCGGAAGACCUGGCUGUAGGGCUCGAGACACUGAGGGGGGACACCUCCUCUUGUCCUUGAUACAUACCCCCUAAGGCUGAACUCACUGGGGAAUGUAACAUGUGCAGAGAGAGAUCUGGGUGGGGUGUGUUCAAACUGAAAUCUAAAUUGCAGUGUAAAAAUAAAACUAACUUUUAUGGGCUACAUGCAAAAGCAGCCAGUAUUUACCCUGCACAGUGAUAAUAGAAGUGUAUUUGCUCCCCUUGUAUGGCAACGUGGUUUGUUCCAGAUACAAAGUUUCUUCCUUUUUUUUUUUACUUUACUUCCAAAUCAGAAUCAGGCCCCAGUGCCAAUAGUUGACUAAGGUAUACAUUUCACAACUGGGGUCAUCUGGGAAAUGGCGCAGCAAGGGGGGGACACACAGUGCUGAUGCCUUAAGCCUCUGCUCCUGCAAACAGAACUGAAAAAGCAAGCAUGGCACUUACCCCUAACCUGAGCCAUUAUUCUAGUGACAAUGGCUGGUGCGGGGCUCACGGAUCUGAUAGUCUAAUCCCCGGUAAGCAGAUAAAUGGAUCACUGAGAAGAAUUCCUGCACGUGCACCUUAUGUCAUGGAUUAAUAUUAAUCCGGUUACCAGUCACGUUCAUAAUGCUCCAUGUGACGGAAAAUUGUUCCUUACGUACAGAGUUUCCCCUUUAUCUCAUAGUCUGGAGGGGGCAUUGGUAGUGUGAGGUAUAGAUUUCCAAUAUGGCUGCUGGUCAUUGUCCGUACUGCUGAUCUCUUGGCACUGUCUCUUGGCAGCUGGUGGCAAGGCCAUUGCUGGUAUUUAUAUAAAACAGAAAUUCAAAGGUCGGCAAAAACAAUGGACGCCCCUCCGCCACCACCAUCACCUGGCAUUCCUGAGGUCUGCCGCCGAUAGAAUUUGUAAAAAAUGGUAGCGAGGAAUUCUGCCGCCAAAUGCGGACUGCGGCCAAUAUUCCACAGAACAGGUUUGCAACUUUAAUUUCUAUUUAUUGCUAAACUUUCUGCACUUGUGUCCAGGCCCCGUAACAGUCCAAUGGCCAGCAAAUUCCAAAAUGGCAGAAUCCAUUCUCUCCUCCGUAUCUCUAGGUAGCAUGAAAGAGGAAAUAACAUCAACCGUUCCUGUGACACCCCGUGUCUCAUGCGCCCAAUUUGCCUAAGUCACAGCUAGAGCCCCGGUUACAGCCCUGUGAUCUAUAAUCAUACAAGAACAGAAAUAUGAUCAGCCGCUGGGGGGGGGGGGCGACACAAACUCAGAGCGUUCCGCGUUAUCCAAUAUAGAGCAAUAAUAUUAUACAGUGACUGGACUUUUCUGUGAUUGUAUAUAACAUAAAGCAGUACUUAUGUACCAAGGACCCCUUGUUUUUGCAAAUGAAUAUCAAACUAUUUUUGUUUGUGUGACAAUAAUACGCGGUUCAUCCUAUUUGCUUUUCAGUCGAUACAUUUUUUCUUAUUUAUGCCCCAUUAAAAUAAGAUAAAUUGAUUGUACUUUCACACUGUGCCUGCAUUUUA